AGAGUUUUAAAAAUGCUGUUUAAAAAAAGUGAUGACAUCACGUUAUACCACCCACCCCUUCCACGGUUAGCAGGCAGGCUGGUGUAGUCCCUCUUUACAGUAGAGGAGUAGACACGCACCCGCAUGCGUCCGUGGAACUAUUCCUUCCGUCAUGUCACUGUGGAUUCUGUUUCUACUUAACAUGUGCGCGUUUCUGCGUGGCAACGCCUUAGUCGCGUCCACUCCAUCCACGCGCACACAGAAUCUCCACGGGUGCUGCGAGGACGGCAAGCAGAGGGCCCAGGCCGUGUACAGUUGCACGGACCUCCCCCGCAUCUCCAACUCAAUCAUGUGCAGGAUCGCCCAGGAGCAGUGCUGUGAGGCGGUCCUGGAAGAGCUACUAUGUGACGAGGGCACCUCCAUGGCCCUCUGGCAGUCUGCCUGUGAGAGACACUUCUUCCGAGGGGAGCCGUGGCAAACGAGAAUCCUCAAGAUGUGCUGUGACUGUUGCAUGUUCGGCGUGACGUCAGCACGCCACGAUCCCUCCUGCGGGAUGGCGUACGUGUCGCUGGGGAAACGGUGCACACACGCUGCAAAAAGCUGCUGUGCCAAAAACAGGACAGAGGAAAUACAUCCAACUGGAGAAGGGCCAGUGAAUGUCACCAGACUGCCUCUGGUGGCGUUGGGCAACUGUACAGUCUCCAAUUGCUCCCAGAUUUGCACUGACAAUGGGAUGUGUGCGUGCCGUGUUGGUUAUCAGCUGCAAUUUGAUGGAGUCACUUGCGAGGAUAUGAACGAAUGCUUGAUUGGCUCCCACAAUUGCCUCUUCGGCCAAGCGUGUAUCAACACAGAGGGCUCGUUCCGCUGCCAGCGGGAAACCAGCUGCGGCACCGGCUACGAGCUCACCGACAGCAACCAAUGCCAAGAUAUCGAUGAAUGCGCUUUGCGAAUGCACAACUGCGGAUUGGACUUCCUGUGUAACAACACUGAAGGGUCCUUCCGCUGCCACCCGAGGGAGAAGUGUGAUGUUGGGUUCAUUCAAGAUGCGGUCGGCAGCUGCAUUGACAUCAACGAAUGCGUGGCCCACUCUAGUCCCUGCCAGCCUGGCCACACGUGCGUCAACACACCGGGCUCGUACAUGUGUCGCAGGGACAGGGUCACGUGUGGACGAGGCUACCACCUGAACACAGACGGCACACGCUGUGAAGAUGUGGACGAGUGUCAGACGGGCAACGCAUGCGGCGACCACGGCUGUGUCAACAUGAUGGGGACUUAUCGCUGUGACUGCCGAAGCGGCUUUGUGUUCAACAGCGUCGGCAGGCAGUGUGAAGAUAUCAACGAGUGCAGGCAUUACCCUGGGCGACUCUGUGCUCACAGGUGUGUCAACACCGAAGGGUCCUACCAGUGCAGCUGCUCCAAGGGUUUCCAACUGUCCCAUGAUGACAGGAGUUGUGAAGAUGUCAACGAGUGCGAGGACAGCCCGUGCGGCCAGGAGUGUGCUAACACCUACGGCUCCUACCAGUGCUACUGUCGCCGUGGUUACCAGCUGAGCGGCACUGAUGGGAAAACAUGCGAAGAUAUCGACGAGUGUGCGCUGCCCACUGGUGGCCAUGUCUGCUCCUACCGCUGCUCCAAUGCACCUGGAAGCUUCUACUGCACCUGCCCACCCAUGGGAUACACCCUUGCAGCAAAUGGACGCACAUGCCAAGAUAUUGAUGAGUGUGCAGCAGGGAGUCACACCUGCGCUGCCUCACAGAGCUGUUUCAACAUCCACGGAGGAUAUCGUUGCUUGUCCCUUGUGUGUCCCUCCUACUACCGGAAAGUGGCGCAUGGAGCCAGGAAACCGUCCAGCAUGCGUUGCAUUAAAGCCUGUCCACUCAACGACUACGUCUGCACGCGAGACCCCGUCCACCUCAUCACCUACACCAUCAUCUCGUUGCCCACCUACAGACGCUUCAGUCACCCACAAGAUGUCGUUUUCCUGCGAACGACAGCGUCCGCCUACAGCGCUGCCGCUGAUGUUGUCUUUGAAAUCCUGACGACAGAUGACCGGGACUCAUUUGACGUGGUCAAGCGCUCGCAUCAGGGUUCUGUCAUGGGUGUGGUGCGGCAGGUGAAGCCAAUCAUUGGCCCCACGGACAUUGAGUUGCACGUGGCGCUGAGCUAUGUUAGGUCAGGCCUCGUCUCACAUCGCAACAUCGUCGUCAUCCACAUCUGCAUCACAGAGUUCUGGUUCUGAUCCGUGUUCGCUAUAUGAAACAUACGGAGGUUUAGCGUGAGGCAAUGCGAGGAGCUAAAUGCUAACACCAUCCAUUAGGGUCACUAAAAUGUUAACGUUUUGUUAUGCAAACUUUUGUUUGCAAAAUAAAGGAAAUACAUUUGUUGUACAUUUGGGCGCCCCUGGGGAGGUGUUCAGGGCACAUCCGACUGGUAGGAGGCCUCGGGGAAGACCCAGGACACGUUGGAGAGACUAUGUCUCUCAUCUGGCCUGGGAAUGCCUCGGCAUCUGCCGGGAGGAACCGGACAAAGUAGCCGGGGAGAGGGAAGUCCGGGCUUCUCUGCUUAGGCUGCUGCCCUCGCGAUCUGACCUCGGCUAAGCGGAAGAAAAUGGAUGGUAAAUCUGCAGGCCUCUGCUACUGUUAAAAACAUUGCAAUUAGAAAUAGCAUCUAAUUGCACACCCAAGUAGAUACACACCACUUGCAGUAGGAGUCAAGACUGAUUUGCAUUGAAAAUGUCAAACAAACAAACAAAAAUCCACCUUUAUCUGGAUUUGUGCCAGAAUGUAAUAGUUUCUUCCUUAGCUAGUUCAGUGAAAAUCUGUUUUUGUCGCAUGAGUGGGUGUCAUAAUCCCAUUUUUAUGCAAUUCAUGCAGCAAAUGUGCACAUGCUUGUGUUGUUGUGUUCAUUUAAUGUCAUAUGUAUAAUUCAUUUUCUUUAUAAUGAGAUAACAAUUGUUUGAUUAUAACUUUUACACUGGAUUUUGUAUGAAAA